AGUUCAGUUUAUCAUGGUAGGUGACCAUCGUCAUGGUCCCUCGGUACUGGGCCCGAAGGGGUUCCGGAAUCGGCUUAUUGGUGGUAUAUUCCUCUGUAUCAUACUAUGGUACUUCUAUCUCGCGAUGAUAGCCCUUCCCGGACGAGAAGGAAUUGGGAGCCGCUCUCCAGUCGUGCCUGAUAACUCGGGUCAAUCUGGAGAUGGAAGACCCCAAGCAUUGAGUUCAAUUGGGCAGGAUAUGCGGAUAGAUGGCGAUAGAGUAGCUCUAGAGGUCUACCAAACAGAUAAGGGUAUGAGAGCUAGAGCUAUCUUUGAUACGGUUGAGGGGAAGAAGGACACUGUGGACAUGGGCUCGCUCUUCUACAUAGAGGCACCUGAUGGAUGUGAGGUCUACCCGGAGGUAUGCAAAAUAAGGCCUUCACUUGAUGAUGAAGUGCUUACCUUGGAGGGCCGGGGUUGGGCUCAUGACAAACUCCGACUGGACUUCCAAUGCACUUGUGGGAAGGGUGGGGAACCCUUUACCGUGCGUUGGGCAGGCAUGGUGACUAUGAAAGAUUCACCAAAGAAUCUUGUUACCACACCAAUUGCAAGAGUAGCUGUUCGAGUGGUAUCCAAAACCCCGCUAGAGAUGCGUUCGUUGCUUUUGUUGGACAUACCGUUGGAUCGGGGUAAGGUCCCAGAGGAUGAACCGUAUAAGGCAGGAGUGGUCGAUGGUAGCCCGGUUAUCAUCCCAGAAAGAUCCCUAUACUGUGGGCUGGAGCAUCCUCGUGCGAAGAACGUCUUCGAGGAGAAGUCGCGGCGUGCUGCAGGAUUCAUACGGCAUCCAAUAACCGACUUUGGGUAUUCAGCUGCUGUAGGGAAGUUCGAUCCCUUGCAAGGGUCAGUGUCGCUAUUUAAAACGUUCUCAAACUAUAUAGAGAUGAUAAGAGCUGCUCCGUUUCACUCCUGGCUCCACUACAACACAUGGUAUGACCUCCGAUAUAAACCAUGCAUUGAUGCUGAGGUGGGUGGUCACGAUCCGUACUGUGAAUAUUCUAAGAAGUUUACGGAGGAUAACGUCAAUGAACGGAUAAAUGCCAUUGCCACUGCUCUUGAGGGGGAGGGGGUGCAUCUUGAUGGAGUAUUACUUGAUGAUGGAUGGGAUGAUUGGGACACUCUAUGGGGCGUUAAUAAGAAAGCCUUCCCUAGUGGAGAUCUCAGUGCGGUAGCUAAGAAGGCACAAGAAGAACAUAAUGUCAAACUCGGUGUUUGGAUGUCACCUUUCGGUGGGUAUCAAGAGGCAUCCCGACGUCGCCUGAUACAUGGUAUGAAGAUGGGUUAUGAAGUGGAUAUGGAAAGGAGGACAUUCACUUUAGCUGGCAAGAAGUAUUCCAAGGUCAGCUCCUGGGAGGCUGCUUCCAUCUAG